AACCAAACGGGUCCAUAGGGGAAAAAAAGCCGGGAAAGCAGGGGCACUUUUGUCGCACGAAGCUUAAACCCCGAACCCCCGUCUUGCUUCGGCGAGCGAAGGCGAAAGUGUUUUCGGUGCCAGCCUCGGAGACAAGCCUUGUAUCGUAGCCAUGGAAGAAGACCGAGCGGAAGCCGGAGCUGCGGCAAUAGAGGAAACCCUAGUGGAGGAGCCCCCCCGGCGGCGCCAGAGAUGGAGGCGGAGCCGCCUCGGAGGCCGAGGGCAAGAACCCUAGCUCCUCUUCCGAUUCCGAGUCCGAUGACGAAGCCGCGGAGGGCCUCCAGAUCGAAACCCUAGAGGCCGCGCUCGCCGAGAAUCCCUCGAACUACGAAGCUCACGUCCAGUAUAUUCAAUGCUUGAGGAAAUCUGGACAUGUUGAGAAGCUAAGACAAGCAAGAAAUGCAAUGAAUGAGCGCUUUCCUCUAAGCCCGAAAAUGUGGCAGGAGUGGACGAAAGAUGAGAUUUCAUUAAGUGAAGGUUUGGAAGCAUUCACUGAAAUUGAGAAGCUGUAUGAACGUGGCGUGCAAGAAUAUUUGUCUGUCCCUCUAUGGUAUGAUUACAUUAAUUUUCUUCAAGAAAGCGAUCAAUCAGUGUCUCAGUGUUCGCCAUCUGGUAUCUCGAAGAUGAGAAAUUUAUUUGAGCGUGCUCUUACUGCUGCUGGGUUGCAUAUUGUCAAAGGCAGCAAGAUUUGGGAAGCAUACAGAGAAUUUGAGCAAGCUAUCCUUCUAACUAUUGAUGAUAAUAACAAUGAGGAGAAAGCAAAACAAGUUCAGCGAAUACGUGCUUUAUUCCAUCGCCAAUUAUCUGUUCCUUUGGUUGAUUUAAGAUCAACACUUAUGGAUUGCAAGUCUUGGGAAGGUGAACAAGGGAAUGUCAAUGACAUCAACUCUGAUUUUGAUGGGAUUCCCUCAAAUGUGAUAACUUCCCAUCAAAAGGCCAUUGAAAUGUACAAUGCUCGUAAGCAAUAUGAAGACCAAUUGUCUAAUCCUGAUACAUCUGAUACUGAUAGACUUCAACAGUUUAAGAACUACUUAAAGUUUGAGGAGUCUUCUGGUGACCCUGCUCGUGUUCAAAUUCUCUAUGAACGUGCUGUUGCAGAAUUUCCUAUAUCCAGUGAUCUAUGGCUGGGAUAUACCAGCUAUUUGGACAGAACCUUGAAGGUUCCUGAUCUUCUCAAAAGUGUUUAUUCUAGAGCCACGAGAAACUGCACAUGGGUUGGUGAACUUUGGGUCCGCUACUUGCUUUCUUUGGAACGUAUUCAUGCUUCUGAGGAAGAGCUGAGUGCAGUCUUUGAGCAGUCUUUGCAAUGCAGGUUCCCAAGCUUCAAAGAGUAUUUGGAUCUGUUUCUCACACGAGUUGAUGGCUUGAGGAGGAGGAUGUCUAUAGCUGGUGCAAAAGAGGACGAGUUAGACUAUGCUCUAAUAAGGGACACAUUCCAGCGUGCUGUUGAGUACUUGUCUCCACAACUAGUUAGCUGUGAUGAUUUAUUGCAUUUGCAUGCAUACUGGGCUCGUUUGGAGGCUAAUCUUGGAAAAGACAUGCUUGCAGCUCGUGGGGUGUGGGAAAACUUGUUAAAGAAAAGUGGAUCAUUAUUGGAAGUUUGGCUGUCCUACAUAGAAAUGGAAACUGCAAUGGGUCACAUAAAUGAGGCAAGAUCCAUCUAUAAGAGAUGCUACAGUAAGAGGUUUCCCGGAACAGGUUCAGAGGAUAUAUGCCAUUCUUGGCUGCGGUUUGAAAGGGAAUAUGGUACUUUAGAUGAUCUUGAUCUUGCAGUUAAAAAGGUGACACCACGCCUUCAGGAGCUCAUGAUAUUCAAGACUCAACAGGAGCCCAAAAAAGAGUUGAUGCUGUCCUCUAAGAGAGAGAGUUCUGUUUCAACAAACACCCAGAAGAAGAGGAAAAUAUCCAAAAUGUCUAGUGAUAAGCAGCCUCCUGCAAAGAGAAAGAAAGAAAAUGCACCUAAACCUGCGGAAGCGUCUGAUGUAGAUCAAAUUAGAGCAACUGGUAAUGCCAAUGAUACAGGAGCAGUUGAUAAAGGUGAAGUAGCCACUUUACCCAAAGCUGCUGAAACCACCGCCACCAACAAGGAAGCUGUAGGAAAUUCGAAAAUCAUGGAUUCCAAGCCAAAGUUUUACAAUGAUCAAUGCACAGCCUUUAUUUCAAACCUCAGCCUUGAGGCAAGUGAGAAACAUCUACAAGAAUUCUUCAGUGACUGUGGUGGAGUGACUGCUGUAAGAUUGUUAAGGGACAAAUUCACCGGCAAAUCAAGGGGAUUGGCUUAUGUGGACUUUUCAGAUGAUGAACAUCUUGCAACAGCCAUUGCAAAGAACAAGCAGAAGUUACUAGGCAGGAAAUUAAGUAUUGCACGUUCAGAUCCCAAGCAAAGCCAUAAGAGGUCAUCUACUGGUAGUUCAUCCAAGGGACAUGGCCAAGGAGUACGAUUUAGAAAUGACCGUAACCGCUCAGUGGAGGUGUCUGAAGGAACAUUUGAGGAGAGGCGUGGAAAUAAUGUGAAACUCAUGGGAAAGAAUACCUUUGCUGCGCCCAGAGCUGUUGCAAAAUCCCAUGGAAGGAGUAUUAAGGAAGCAAAGAUGGAUGGAGAGACUGAAAAGCUGAAAUCAAAUGAUGAAUUUAGAGAUAUGCUUCUGAAGAAAUGAACAUUGUAUUUCUGAAAAUGGGUGAGCGAUAAGAGUGCAAAGGUAUCGUUGCAGAAGCUUUUGCAACCUUCUGGUAUCUUUUUCAAGGUAUGUGUGCAACUUUGCAUAUGCUAGUUUUCCCCAUUUGGCGUAUGUCAGGCAAAGAUGAAAUUGAUACAUCAAGAGAAAGGGAAGAGUAUGGAAAAAGAGCAAUAGAAACUCGGCAUUACUCUCUUCUAAUUUGCAAGCAUUUAGUUGUAUAUAACUUACAAACGCUGUAAAUGAAUGUGUGCACUUUUGUCCUAAGGUGUCGUUCUUUUCCAGACAUUGCCAACUAAUCAGAACCUUGUCCCUCUUUAUGUAAUGGAUGUUAUACUAGUUUGGAUUUGCAUGUUUUAUUGGUAAUCUUGUUAGCUUCUAUGCCUAAUUUCUCUUCUGCUGGCAA